AUGUGCAUAUUCUUUGGAACUCUAAGUCUCCCUCUCUCUCUCUCUCUCUCUCUCUCUCUCUCUAGUCUAUAUCAAUAUCAAUUUGAACCCUCCACUUUGUUGGCAUUUUAGUUUUGUUAAACAAAAAAUGGGAAGGCAACCUUGCUGUGACAAAGUUGGGUUGAAGAAGGGGCCAUGGACUGCUGAGGAGGACAAGAAACUCAUCAACUUUAUCCUCACUAAUGGCCAAUGCUGUUGGAGAGCUGUUCCUAAGCUAGCAGGGUUGUUAAGGUGUGGGAAAAGUUGCAGGCUGAGAUGGACAAACUACUUGAGACCAGACCUAAAGAGAGGUCUUCUAUCAGAAUAUGAAGAGAAAAUGGUCAUUGAUCUUCAUGCUCAACUUGGCAAUAGAUGGUCUAAGAUUGCUUCUCAUCUCCCUGGAAGAACUGAUAAUGAGAUAAAAAACCACUGGAAUACCCACAUAAAGAAGAAGCUAAAGAAAAUGGGAAUUGACCCUGUUACUCACAAGUCACUCUCUAAUACAACUGAGCAAACUCAAGCCCAACAACCAGAACAACACCACCAUCAACAAUCGCAAGAACAGCAUCAACCACAAUCUUUGCAAGCUGAGCUUGAACCCAAAUUUGAGCCUAAAAUUGACCAAAAUAAAGAGUCAGAGAAGCCUGAAACUUCAUUUGAAUCAUCAACCAUCACUGAAGCUAAGGAGGAAGACCAAAUUAUGACACCCUUAUUUGACUCGAUCGAACUAAUGAAUGGGUUCUGCACAGAUGAAGUUCCAAUAAUUGAACCCAAUGAGAUUAUAAUUCCCUGUGCUCCUUCCACUUCAUCAGCCACUACAUCAUCAUCAUCUUCUUCUUCAAAUUCAUCAAACUUCCUUGAAGAUUUGCUGCUCCCAGAUUUUGAGUGGUCUGAUAAUUACAAUGAUAAUAAUAUUGACAAUAACAAUGAAACCAGCAAUAGCAGCAUGGCCUUGUGGGAUGAUGAUUUCAUUAGAAGUUGGAAUUUGCUUAUUAAUGAUGAUGAUGAUUGUGACAGAAAGCAAGUAUUUGACGCUCCUCUUAAUCAGCACCCAAGAAUGAUCAUGGAUUCAGAAUCUUGGGCCUAUGGCUUGUUUUGAUUUGAAAUAUUUUUUCUCCCUUCAAUCACUACUUAUUUGUAAUGUGUUUGUAAGUUGUUGCAAAGAAUAAAAUAGCAAAUCAGGAUUCAAAGGGAACCCAAAGUCUUGUUUAUUUAUCAUUAUCCACUUUUUUCUCCCUUUCUUUUCACCUUAUAAUAAAGGGAUAAGAUAUAUGUAUAUGGUAGUGGAAAGGUGCUGGUUUCUUGUUUGUUUUAAAGAUUUUAUUUUCAAUUAAAUGAAAUUUUAUCUUG